CACCCGGAACCUCAAGAAGCUGCCAGGAGCAGCUUAGAAACACGAAAACAUUGAAGAGGAAGAUGACAGAAACAAAAGACAGUUCAACACCAGCCAAGUGUAGGAAGGAAGACCUCCAGGAGCAGGUUCCAACCAGAGAGUCUUCCUCCUCCUCAAUUGACAUCCUCAUAGAGAUCAGCAGCAGCAGCAUGAUGCCACAGUGUCCUGAGUCUAUUAAAGACAAGACACCAAAGAGAAGGAAAAAGGUUAAAAAACACCGCCGAAAAUGGACCAGGGUUCCUAAGAUGUUAGGACCAUCGAAAGGCAACCAGGGCCAGACGAGGAUUGUGGGGCGACUGAGGAGGAAAAUAACAGAAGAAGGAGAGGGGUCUCAAUCACCAGCUGAGAGGAAGAACAAGGGACUCCUGCAGCAGGUCACAACCAAAGAGCCCUCAUCCUCAGAGGACAUCAGCACAGGCGAUUUACAGAACAGGAAUAUGAAGAAGGAUGAGGACACUGAGGAACCAGAGAUGACAAAUAGGAGGAGGAGUGCAAGGAAGAAGAGAAAAGAAGAAAUGGACGCUCUAAGAGCUGAAUUCCAGAAAAAAUAUACUGAGCUACAUCUACUGGGAAAAGGAGGCUAUGGAUCUGUGUUUGCUGGAUAUCGAGUGGUGGAUAAAUUACCGGUGGCUAUCAAACACAUCCCAAAUAAAAAGGUGCACCGCAAACAUAAGGAUGAGAAUGGUAGGGAGAUGGCGAUGGAGGUGGCCGUCAUGUUGAAGCUGAACACUCUAACUACUAAUUCAUCAAAGCAGUUAGCCACAGUGUCCCUGCUGGACUGGUAUGAACUGGAGCAGGAGCUCCUCCUGGUGAUGGACAGGCCCAUGCCUUCAGAUGAUCUCAGUACCUACCUUGAUCAGAAUGAAGGUCGUCUAAAUGAGGAGGAGUGCAAGGUCAUAUUAAAACAGCUGAUGGAAGCAACAGUUCAACUUCAGCAUGCAAACAUCUUCCACAGAGACAUUAAACUGGAAAAUGUCCUUAUUGAGAGGAGCUCAGAAGGCUUACGAGCCUAUCUCAUAGACUUUGGUCUAAGUUGCUUUGACCAUGGAAAGAAAUUUACCAUCUUCCAAGGGACCCAUGCUCUUGAGUCACCAGAGUAUCGAACUCAAAGGAAAUAUUCUGCUGGACCCACAACAGUGUGGCAGCUGGGAGUGAUCAUGUUUGAAAUUCUCCAUGAUAAGAGUUUUGAGACCAAGAGCUUUCUUAAACAGAAGCUGAAGAUCAGCAAGACGCUUUCUGAAAACUGCCAGGAUAUUCUGACUAAGUGCCUGAAGGAAGACCCAGAGGAGCGUCCAACGCUGGAAGAACUGCUCAAUCACCCAUGGUUUUCAUAG